AUGCCUCCCACACGUCUGGUGGCGUUCCAGGCGCAGCGGGGGUCCAAUGCGAACGGCACGGACGGAUCCCGCACAAUCACCAUCACGCCCACUCCGAGCGGUGAAGCUGACGAGGGUGCUGGUUCAAGCUCAGGAUCUGGAACAGAAUCCCCGAGAGCGCCGAUCCAGGGCACGCUGCGACUCAGGGCCACGGAUGCAAGACCGGGAAGAAGGGUGGUGUGGGAGCAAGGCACUGUGGAUAAUGAGGGCAUGGGAAAGAAGAAGAGCAAAAGUGAGUUGGCAUACAUUCCACGCGCUCUCGCACCUUCGGAGCCCAGAGCUAGUGUACGGCGCUUUCGAUCCAGCUUACCCACACCGACACUCUUCUCCUCUCGUAGUCUGCUGCAUAUAUCACAAGCCACGUGCUUUUGACGAGUCCUCAUCAUCCGGCUCAUCCUCCGACUCUGAUGAUGAUGAUAGCCAAGCUUCCUCCUCCUCAGGCUCCGACUCGGAUGACUCGUCUCCCGCACGUCGAGAUGGAGCUCAAUUCUCGAGGCGAUCUGCGCAUCAUCGUCGAACGAGCGAGCAGGGAUCCGACAGCAACGAGGAUGAUGACAACAGCUCGUCAUCUAGUCUCGCUAGGAAAGGCAAACAGAAAGCGAAGUCCAGAACGCGUCAUGGUGUGCCUCAUGAAUGCGAGCAUGAGCAUGCUCAUUCUCACGGCGAGAAGGGAUCCAAUAGCGACGGGCGGGCAGAGCGCAAGAAGAAACAAAUAAGACGACAGGUCAAAACUUCGGGCAGGUCGAAGGGCAGUAGGACCAUGACGAUUGAGCCGGGCACAGAGAUGGAAGACGAUGCGCAGCACCUCUCAGAGAAAGAGGAAGGAGGAGGAAGACCUGCACGCAACGCUUACGAGCGCGGUGUACAGUGA